ACGAACAAAAUAAAAAAGAAAAAUAUCGUUUCGAUCAUUUCGAUUCAUUUUGCAUUUGAUUUUGUUUGAUCUAUUUGUGUCUGUCAUCAUAUUGUUCACACAUAUAAUUUGUCUCAUCAAUCACUAUAUAUUUCACUAUUUUAAUUUUUUUAAUAAAGUGAUUUAAAUCUUCAUUUUUUGAUUCAAAAUGGCUGGAAUUAUAUCGAAAUUUUUCGUAUUUAUUGUUUCAAUAAUCGUCAUGAUCAAUUUGAUCAAUAAUAAUGGUGGCAAUGCUUCUGUUUUGGAUUCGAUUAAAAAAUCCAUUUCAAAUGGUAUCGAUUCAGUAUUGGAAGAAGUACAAGGUGCAGCUUGUUUGAUACAAAAUCGUGAAGAUUUUGAUGGCUGCCAGAAUCAGAUCAACUACUGGUAUAGUAACAUUGAUGGCCAACGCGAUAGAGUGAAGGAAUACUGUUGUGCAUUCAUUUCUUAUAAACAAUGUCUCAAUACUGUAGCACGUUUACGUUGUGGCUCAAAAGCACAAGAAACCGUUGAUGGUAUUAUGAAUGCAAUGAAAAAAGGUCUUUAUCCAAGUGAUUGUGAUCCUUAUGAUAAUAUUGUCGAUUGUAUGGAUCCAUUGUUAUUCUGGGCAAUAUUUGCUCUUAUUGUCGUGAUUAUUUUCAUUCUUUUCUGUUCGCUAAUUGGUUGUCUUAAACGAACAUUUUGCUAAACAACAAACAACGAAUGAAAAUUUCAUCAUUGAUCGUCGCUUUUUUUAAUCAUCUUAUAAUAAUAAUGUCAUUGAAUUGAUUGAUUUUUGACAUAGACAACACCCAUACACGCACAAACAAAACAAAACAAACAUUCUGAUUCUCAUUUUGUAAUCAAUGUAUAAUAUCAUGUGAUGUCCAUUCCAUUAUUUUGAAACAUUCUUUCAUGUUUUUCGAGCUUUAAAUACACACACACACACUAACACAUAA